AUGCGGUUGUCAGCUGAGAUCCGUCAUGCUGUGCGCUCUCUCUCUAGGGCAGCCAACCAGCGCCGCUUGCAAUGGUGUCGCAAUUCCGUCCGGAACGUUCAUACUCAGGGUGUCCAAUCAGGCACUGUUGGAUAUUCAAACUAUCGAUCUAGCUUGUGGUCCUAUGCGGUACUUGAAGCUGGCAUGACAGGCCUUGGACUGAUAUCCUGGCCACUCGGACCACGGACGUCAGUCCAGAGUGAGGAGCAGCCGAUCAAGUACGCCGACAGAACAACUAUGCUCGAGGGUGUUCAAGCUAUAGCGGACGUUCUCGGGCCAGACGCAGUGACCAUGGACGAAGACGACAUUGAUAUGCAUUCAUACACAGAGGUUUCGACAUCCCAUUGCGCAACAAGACCAGUGGCGGUUGUGAGGCCCAAAAACACUGAGGAAGUCUCCAGCAUUGCACGUAUAUGCUCAGAGUAUAAGAUCCCGAUGAUUCCAUUUGGCGGCGGAUCCAGCGUCGAGGGCCAUUUCACGGCUCCGUAUUCCGGACUAAGUAUCGAUUUCUCCCAGAUGAAUCAGAUAGUUGCCUUCCACGAGGACGACAUGGAUGUGGUCGUCCAGCCGGGCGUAAACUGGAUGGAUCUCAAUAGAGAGAUCAAGGACAGUGGCCUAUUCCUGCCUAUGGAUCCGAGUCCAACGGCACUUAUUGGAGGCAUGGUUGCUACGAACUGCAGUGGAACCAACGCAGUCCGAUACGGUACAAUGAAGGACUGGGUAAUCAACCUAACAGUGGUCCUGGCCGAUGGCUCUAUCAUCAAAACUCGCCACCGAGCCCGAAAAUCAUCCGCUGGCUACAACCUCACCGGCCUGUUCACCGGUUCAGAAGGUACAUUGGGGAUGAUCACAGAGAUAACACUCAAACUGGCACCAAUUCCUGAGAAGCAGAGUGUUGCUGUAGCUACCUUCCAGUCUAUUCGGGAGGCGGUAGCCUGCGCUUCAAAGAUCAUACGCCAGGGUAUCCCCAUUGCCGCCUUGGAACUUAUGGACGAAGUACAAAUGCAAGUUUUGAAUCGGAAUGGUGGUGCUGGUGGUAGAAUGUGGCGGGAGGAGCCCACAUUAUUGUUGAAAUUUGCAGGCACCAGUCAAUCUAUAGACGCAGACAUCGGACGAGUUCAGAGAAUAAUCCCGGAGGAAGGGGGGAAGAGCUUUGAAUUUGCGCGGACGGAAGCAGAAAAAGGUAAUCUCUGGGCUGCUCGCAAAGAAGCUGUUUGGGCGAUGUUGGCGCAAAGACCCGAAGGUACGCAGCUAUGGUCUACUGAUGUUGCUGUGCCGUUGUCGAGGACGCCGGAGAUUAUUGAUCUAUCAAAGAAAGAGUGCGAGGGUCUUGGGCUAUUCUCUAGUAUUUUGGGACAUGUCCGCGAUGGGAACUUUCAUCAAGCUGUCGUGUAUGACCCUAGUAGCCCGACUCAGACCCAGAUAGUGCAGGAAUGUGUUAGGAAAAUGGUGCAUAAGGCGGUAGAGAUGGAGGGGACGGUUUCGGGCGAACAUGGAAUUGGGCUAGGCAAGAAGGAGUGUCUGCUUGAAGAACUCGGCCUAGAAACAGUUGCUUUAAUGCGGACGUUCAAACGAAGUCUAGAUCCCAAGAUUGCCUUAAUCUCCUGGUGGGGUGCUAUAUACAAUGUGCCAUACUUCUGCUAG